AUGCAACAGCGCAGCGGUACGCGCACGCAACGUAUCCGACGUCACGCCACGCCACUGUACGAAUGGACGUCGUUCCAAGAGCGACGCUCGAACCUGCUUUCAGAUACUGUCACCUUCGGCAGCGUCCGUCCUGGUCAAAAACAUCCGACGCUGUACCUGCAGCGGCUUCUUCCUGACUUGGACCCGCGUGCUCAGCUACGCGAAUACAGUCAAAAUCGCACUUCGGACCAUCCCGGUCCGAUCAACGUGGGGCAAGGGAGGCGUCAGAAAAGCUCGGAGACCGUUGUCGCCCGCGAGGCGAAAACAUCGACUGCCUCGGCCAAUCAUCGUGAUGACUUUGAUAUUGAUGGCGACGAUGACAUGGAGGCAUCGUUCAAGGACCCUUCUCCACCGCCCCCGCACAUGUGUCUGGAUCAGCUCGACCUCUGGUCAUUCAACAGCAUCAACGACUAUGACGAGGCGGCUUCUGUAAUGAAGCAUGCGCGGCCAGCUCAUGUUGCAUUUGUUUCUAGCGUCUCUGAUCACGUGUACAGCACAGGAUCGUAG